AUGUCCCAAAGAGCUACGCCUGCAGCUGGGCCCACUUUGGCAACUGCUGCUUCCAAUAACGAUUCCGGUGAUGAAUAUUUGUCCCAGGAGGAGGAAGUGUUUGAUGGUAACGAUAUUGAAAAUAAUGAGACUAAGGUGUAUGAGGAGUCUCUAGAUCUAGACCUGAGUAAGAGUAAGAGACAAGUGUGGUUGGUGAGACUGCCCAUGUUCCUGGCAGAGAGAUGGAGAGACAGAAAUAACCUGCAUGGGCAACAGUUGGGUAAGAUUAAAAUAAACCAGGACGGUUCCAAGAUCAAGCUAAUGCUGGAUGAAAACGACAAUGAUGCUAUUCCGCAUGAGUACGACCUUGAACUGACCAAGAAGAUUGUGGAGAACGAGUAUGUUUUUACCGAGCAGAACUUGAAGAAGUAUCAGCAAAGGGAGAAAGAACUUGCUGCUGACCCUGAGAAGCAAAGGCAAGCUUAUCUGAAGAAACAAGAAAGAGAAGAAGAGUUAAAGAAGAAACAACAACAACAGAAGAGAAGAAACCAAAGGAAGAGAUUUAACCACAGAGUCAUGACUGAUAGAGAUGGGCGUGACAGAUAUAUCCCCUAUGUGAAAACCAUCCCUAAGAAGACCUCAAUUGUUGGUACUGUUUGUCAUGAAUGUCAAGUUAUGCCAUCUAUGAAUGACCCUAACUACCAUAAAAUUGUUGAACAAAGGCGAAACAUUGUCAAGAACUCUAAUAAAGAGAAGAUUGUUACCUUGGAUGAAACUGUUGGUGUCACCAUGUCACACACUGGUAUGUCCAUGAGAUCAGAUAACUCUAAUUUCUUGAAAGUUGGUCGUGAAAAGGCCAAGAAUAACAUCAAAUCUAUUCGUAUGCCAAAGAAAGAAAUUUUGGAUUACUUAUUCAAGUUGUUUGAUGAAUAUGAUUAUUGGUCUUUGAAAGGUCUAAAAGAACGUACAAGACAACCGGAAGCUCAUUUGAAGGAGUGUCUGGAUAAAGUUGCUACUCUGGUGAAAAAGGGUCCUUAUGCUUUCAAGUACACAUUAAGACCUGAAUAUAAGAAGCUAAAGGAAGAAGAAAGAAAGGCUACAUUAGGUGAACUUGCCGAUGAUGACCAACCAACAGAAGGAAAAGAAGGUAACUCGGAAAAUGAAAAUGAGAUGGGUGAAGAAGAAAUUGAAAUGGAAGACAUUGUCUAG